UCUCGCGCCUGGCCUCUGUCGUCGCGAGAAGCCGCUGGGGGCGUCGGCGCCGACAAACGGAAGUGUUGGUGACGGUCUGAGACAUCACCGCCAAACUGGGAACCGGGGAGAUGGCCGAGACUGAACCCAAGACCAUGCAGGAUCUCACCUCGGUGGUGCAGACGCUCCUGCAACAGAUGCAAGAUAAAUUUCAGACCAUGUCUGAUCAGAUCAUUGGAAGAAUUGAUGACAUGAGUAGUCGCAUUGACGACCUGGAGAAAAACAUUGCAGACCUCAUGACACAGGCUGGAGUGGAAGAACUGGAAGGUGAAAACAAGAUACCAGCUACACAAAAGAGUUGAAGGUUGCUAAGUUACACUGAAAUCCGGAACAUUGUUUUUACAAGCCAGGAGAAGACCGAAUGGCUUUUUGCAACUAACUUCUAUGUGUAGACAGGUUUUAUAUUAUAAAGUGUGCAUUCUUCUUAUCACAUAUUAUAUAGUUAGUUUAUCGAGUGAUUUCCCCCCACACCCAUUUCUUUAACAUGGUAACUUCACAUCUUGGAUCUUGGUCAGUUGUGCUAUUAAAUAUUAAACACUAAAACUUGGGCGGUUCCUGCAUAAAAUUGUCAAAAUAUUUUAGAGCAUUUUUGUGAAGUCAUUUUUUUUCUGUCAUUCCUUUUGUAGUAGUUGCCGUUUGAUAAAAGUUGCUGUAUAAUUUUUUUGUAUUAGACAUGUAGUGGAUCCUUGUGUUGUAAUUAGACUUUGUGAAGUAAGACAGAGAGUUCAGAGUUCUUUAAUUCUCAACACAGAGUGACGAUUGAGCUAACACCAGAGAGUGUGUUGGGGAUACUUUUCAGAUAGCUAAAAACAUUUAAAAAUGGGUCAUCCAGAAAUACCUGGCACUAAUUUGUUGCCAAAACUCAGACUUGAACUGUACUUUUAUGUCUUAAGUCCCUGAGGUCAGAUGCUAAAGUAAUGAGUACACUGUCACUUUCGUGUGAGAAUUUUUCAAUUUGGGAAAUGCCAGAAUUGCCUAAUGUAAUGAACCAUUUGUUAGCUAGAGUUGCAUGAGACUUGAGUACUUCAGUAGGACCCUACAUUGUUCAUCUACAGUAGUUACCACAGAAAAUCUGGCAGGAUUUUAAAACUCAGUUACUCCAUCUUUUCUUUGAGCCACUGAAUGGGCAAAUAAACCGAAAGGGAAAGGAGACUAUACUAAGUCUGUGCCGGUUGCUUCACUCGAAAAUCAUAAAUGACUUGUAGUAGGUUCAAGUUUUUAAGAAAUACUGUUUCUCAAACUAUCUCUUUUCCUAAAUUCUUGCAGAGUGAUGGUUUUAUUAUUGAUUAUAGAAGACAGGGAUGAUAAUUCUUGCCACUCAAAAAUACAGGUCAGAAGUGCUAGGCCUAGAGGCCAAUACUGACUGAAGAAGAUGAGAUCCAUGGGACUGUCACAGCAAAGUGAUUUUGUACAGGAAAAGUUGAAGAAUGAUACAGGACUUGAGAGAGGAAAACCUUCAGUGAACAAAGUAUGAUUUUUUUGUUGUUCCCUAUAUCACCAGUCUUGAUUGUAUUGCAGAAACAAUAUUAAGAGCUAAUUUGUCCUCUUUAUAAAUUGUAUGGGGAUCACAAAGGAGUAAAUUUCUUCUGUGAUAAAAUGAUUUAACCACUAUUAUUACCCAGCUGCAGAAAUUCCUUUGAUGGGCCAGUAGGUUGUACUGCAAGUUUUAGCCCCGAAAGCCCCAGAGCCUACAGGACUCCAACUAACCAGAUGGAACCUGUGAGAGGGAUGUGUUCAAGCUAGUAAAUGGCAACUGGAAAGGAUACCCCGCUCGAUAACAGCAACGGGAAGGUCCGUGGGAAUUUAGGAGUUUCCUUAAGUAAUGGAAAGAUUCCUGAGGCUAGCGCCCCUGACCAAAAAUACCUGCCAUGAAUAAAGGUGCCUGAAAUCCUGCUAUUGAA